UCAUCUCAUCAUCAGUAUCCAAGGGCCAGCAGCCACAAUCCAAGUUACACUAAUCUUCUCCAAAAUGAAGACCUUCGUUCUGUUGACCGCAGUGCUAUGCACGAUCUCGGGAUCGGCUAUGGCUAAGCCAAAACAACAUCGCCCAUCCACCACUGAGGCUGCUCCAGCCGGAACUGGAGUCUACAGCUGUCCAGCAUGUCCCUAUGACUACACUCCGGUUUGUGGCUCGGACGGACUCACCUACUCCAACGAUUGUGUCCGAUACUGCUCGGCUUCACCCUUCGGAUCCGUGGCUGUGUCCUAUUCCGGAGAAUGCAAUGUGGCUCCUGCCGGAAACACCGAUUAUAGCUGCCCCGUUUGCCCUGCAUACUACAUGCCAGUUUGUGGAUCUGACGGUGUCACCUACGAGAACGAUUGCUUCAGAUAUUGCUCGGCCUCUCCCUAUGGAUCGGUUGCUGUGGCCUCUUUCGGUGAGUGUAACGCUGCCCCUGCCGGAAACACCGAGUAUAGCUGCCCUGCUUGCCCCUACGAUUAUACUCCGGUUUGUGGAUCUGACGGAUUAACCUACUCCAACGAUUGCGUCCGAUACUGCUCGGCUUCACCAUUCGGAUCGAUUGCUGUGGCCUACGCUGGAGAAUGUGCCAAAUCCCACCUUUAUUUCCCUAUCUUGGGGUACACACAAAUGGUCACCGGAACUCUCCCUAGAUUAAGCUGGGUUGUCCUACUUAGGGUGGCGUCUUACAGGUGGCGAGCUGCUACAGCCGAAGCACUUGGGCCAAGGAAGGGCUUCUCCCCGGAACGGAUGCCGGAAGGACCCCUGGAACGUGGGUCACAGGUAGGUCAACGGGUCACUGCUGGUACUGCAUGCACGGCUUGCCCACCUCUGACGUCCUGGCCGUCGGUUGUUGAUGGCUGCCUGAUUGCACUACACAAAUUCCGAACACCUCUGGGGGGAAUUCCGGUGCAAAUGGUCGACACACGCGGUCAGUGUACGGCCGGUCGAAGAGCCAGGCCAGGUGCGGCACGGGAUGACGUACAGCAAGCUAGCUUAUGGUAUCAUCUCAUCAUCAGUAUCCAAGUGCCAGCAGCCACAGUCCUAGUUACACUAAUCUUCUCCAAAAUGAAGACCUUCAUUCUGUUGACCACAGUGCUAUGCACGAUCUCGGGAUCGGCUAUGGCUAAGCCGAAACAACAUCGCCCAUCCACCACUGAGGCUGCUCCUGCCGGAACUGGAGUCUACAGCUGUCCAGCAUGUCCCUAUGACUACACUCCGGUUUGUGGCUCGGACGGACUCACCUACUCCAACGAUUGUGUCCGAUACUGCUCGGCUUCACCCUUCGGAUCCGUGGCUGUGUCCUAUUCCGGAGAAUGCAAUGUGGCUCCUGCCGGAAACACCGAUUAUAGCUGCCCCGUUUGCCCUGCAUACUACAUGCCAGUUUGUGGAUCUGACGGUGUCACCUACGAGAACGAUUGCUUCAGAUAUUGCUCGGCCUCUCCCUAUGGAUCGGUUGCUGUGGCCUCUUUCGGUGAGUGUAACGCUGCCCCUGCCGGAAACACCGAGUAUAGCUGCCCUGCUUGCCCCUACGAUUAUACUCCGGUUUGUGGAUCUGACGGAUUAACCUACUCCAACGAUUGCGUCCGAUACUGCUCGGCUUCACCAUUCGGAUCGAUUGCUGUGGCCUACGCUGGAGAAUGUGCCUAAGUCGCCUGACGAAACCUUGCGCUGGUUAUCCAAUCGAAUAUGAGUAUUGUAAUUGUCAUCAGAUGAAAUCUUCGAAGAUCAUCAAUAAAGUUAAAUAAAUGCAUUCAA